GAUCCACACACAUUGCAACCCAACAAAAUCUCUCCUUCUUAAUCAUGAUUCCAACACUUGAAACAAUGUUCCAAAGCACCUUCUCUUUUUCUUCUUCUUCUUCUUACUCUUGGUCCCUCAUCACUCUUUUCCUCUCAACGCUACUCACUGCUCUUGCUAUCUCCUUCAACUACUGGCUUGUCCCGGGGGGGUUCGCAUGGAGAAAACAUCAGAACCAUUACAAACACCAUGCAAAACCUCCCGGCCCAAUGGGCUGGCCCGUGUUAGGGACCCUGCCUGAAAUGGGCUCUCUGGCCCAUGCAAAACUUGCUUCCAUGGCCACUUCGCUGAAAGCAAAGAGGCUCAUGGCACUCAGUCUUGGAACCAACCGGGUUGUUAUCAGCAGCCACCCGGAGACCGCGAGAGAAAUUCUUUGCGGGUCAGGCUUCUCGGACCGACCCGUUAAAGAAUCGGCCCGAACGCUGAUGUUUGAGCGGGCCAUCGGAUUUGCUCCGUAUGGGACAUACUGGCGCCACCUCCGUAAGGUGGCGGCCACGCACAUGUUCUCUCCGAGGAAAAUCUCCGAUCUGGAGAGCCUCCGGCAAAGAGUGGCGGCUGAUAUGGUGAGGAAAACGUGGACGGAGAUGGAGACGAAAGGGGUGGUGGAGGUUCGAGGGAUAUUACAUGAAGCGUCUCUGAGAACCAUGUUGGAGAGUGUUUUUGGAAUCAAUGAUAAUGGUAUAGAAUCAAAAAGAGAAGAGGUGUUGGGAGAUAUGAUCAAGGAAGGGUAUGAGUUGAUUGCAACGUUUAACUGGGAAGACUAUUUCCCCUUCAGGUUUUUGGACUUUCAUGGCGUCAAGAGAAGAUGUCACAGAUUAACGAGUAAGGUUAAGAGUGUGGUGGGUGAGAUCGUGGAAGAAAGAAAAACAUGUGAAAAGCUGGUCGGAAAAACUGAUUUUCUGAGCGCUUUGUUAUCGUUGCCGGAAGAAGAAAAAAUAGGUGAAUCAGAUACAGUGGCUAUCUUAUGGGAAAUGUUGUUCCGAGGAACAGACACAGUUGCUAUUCUUCUGGAAUGGAUUAUGGCCAUGAUGGUGGUACACCAAGAUGUUCAGGUGAAAGCCCGCCAAGAGAUUGACACGUGCAUUGGCCAAAACAGUCACGUGCGAGACUCCGACAUUCCGAAUCUCCCUUACCUUCAAGCGAUAGUGAAGGAGGUGCUUCGAUUGCACCCACCGGGCCCGUUGCUUUCAUGGGCUCGUCUCGCAACCCAUGACGUUCACAUUGACAAGGUCUUAAUACCUGCCGGCACAACUGCAAUGGUUAACAUGUGGGCCAUAUCACACGACUCGUCCAUCUGGAAGGACCCGUGGGCCUUCAAGCCCGAACGAUUCAUUGAUGAAGAAGUGUCGAUCAUGGGUUCAGACAUGAGACUUGCACCGUUCGGUGCGGGCCGCAGGGUGUGCCCGGGCAAAACAUUGGGCUUAGCCACUGUUCAUCUGUGGCUCGCAGAGUUUCUUCACCGAUUCGUAUUGGUUCCGGCGCAUGUGGAUCUUUCAGAAUGCCUUAAGCUCUCUAUGGAAAUGAAAAAGCCGUUACAGUUCAAAGUGAUUCCUAGGUACAACACCACUAGCUCUUGAACUCAACUUAGUAAAUCCAUGCACAAUAAAGGAUAUUGUUGUCCAAAAAAAAUGUGUUUUAUUAAGGUGGAGUUGGAAGUUAUGAAACACUGUAUGAAAAAAAAUGAAUAAGUACAGAGUACAAGUUCGAGAUAAACUAACUCGUGAACCGUGUGUUAUCUUAUUUUGAAAGUACAGGAUGUUGUUUUAGUAAUAUCAAAACUCACCCAAUCACUCACCGGAUGAAGGUUUUGGUAGAUCUCUAGUUGAAUCACACCAACCACCCCAUAUGUGUAAUGAAAAAAUAUGUAUGUAUAUAUUAUUCUGUGUCGUUGUUUAAUAACAAUAAA